CGAGUUCGAGCUCAAAUCCAAAUUCAAAUCCGAUAACGUAUUCGAUAACAACAAAGCCAACGUAGGCACACAAACAAGUUGAUAUAAAUCGUAGGCCCAAAACGUGAGACGAAAAAGUAUCUGCAACCUGCAUCAGUGUGUAAAUUGAGAACACAAAAUGAAAUAAUACAACUAUAUUAGUAGAGAGAUGUAAAAACACUUAAAGCUAAUUGUAAAUCAAUAUAUAAGCAAAAAAAAAAAUAAAUUGUGAAAGCAGUAGAAAUUGUGACACUCACAGGACUCGAAACGAGAGAGACAGAAACACUGAGAGAGACAGGGGAGGAGAGACAGAUCUAAGGAAAAAAGCACACGGCGCUGGACGCCGCUUUCAUAUCAAAAUGUUGACCCUUUCGACGCUGCUCUGCUGUAUGAUGGGGCUAACAUUGUGCUACCAGCGGCAAUCUGUGAACAACAACAACAAUCAUAAUAAUGCAGAUUCAAAGCCAACACAUCUGCCACCAUUACAUUAUCCGCAUGGCCACAAAUGGAACGAGCCGUAUUUUGAUUUGACAAUGCCAAGGAAUAUAACAUCCCUUGUGGGCAAAUCCGCAUAUUUGGGCUGUCGUGUCAAGCAUUUGGGCAACAAGACGGUCGCUUGGAUACGGCAUCGUGAUCUGCACAUACUCACCGUGGGCACAUAUACCUAUACAACGGAUCAGCGUUUUCAGACCUCGUAUCAUCGUGAUAUUGAUGAAUGGACAUUGCAAAUCAAAUGGGCCCAGCAGCGGGAUGCUGGUGUCUACGAAUGCCAAAUAUCAACGCAGCCGGUGCGCAGCUAUUCGGUCAACUUGAACAUUGUGGUGCCCACUGCAACGAUACUCGGCGGACCCGAUCUCUAUGUGGACAAAGGCAGCACCAUUAAUCUUACAUGUAUCAUUAAGUUCAGUCCGGAGCCACCAACACACAUUUUCUGGUAUCAUCAGGAUAAGGUGCUCAGCGAGGAGACUGCCGGUGGGCGGUUGAAAUUUAAAACCAUUAAAUCAGAGGAGACCAAAUCAAUUUUGCUUAUCUACGAUGCGGAUUUAUUGCACUCCGGCAAAUACUCGUGCUAUCCAUCAAAUACUGAAAUUGCUAGCAUACGCGUCCACGUGCUGCAGGGCGAGCGACCCGAAGCAAUGCAAACGAAUGCGGCACCAGCUGCAGUCGCACUGGCCUGGGCCUGCCACACGAAACAGGCAACGCAGGCCGUCAAAGUAAUUAGCACAAUGGUCGCGGCAUUUGUAUUGUUGGAAGCCUGCUGCACACUGCUGCUCCAGGGAACAGGCAGGGGAGGUGGUGCAGCCGCUGGAGAUGGGACAGAAAACAUAGCACGGCCGGAGAAAAGUCAAACGGCGCGGGCGAACAGGAACAGCAUCUGCGGUAACCGCAAACAUGGUGGCCAACAGACGACGUCAACCUCGUCCAACCUUGUCAAUAGGAGUAGUACAGCUGCGCGGUGAUAAAUUAAAGCUGCACAGUUAGAAGCGCCACAGAAAUGCCACCGCUAAUGCGGCAGCCAAGUCAGCAAAUGUAACUAAGUGGGCUGCCCGCUGGAGAGCUAUCAAGAUGUGAAGCUUGGCUGUCGCGCAAAUGAUGCAAUGCAGCAGUAGGUGCACCAGAGGCAGUUGCAGUGGCAGCAGCACCGAAGCAUGCCACAUUAUACCAAAAAUAAAAUUAAAGAACAAAAAAUAUAUAAUAAAAAAAUGCUAAUAAUGCUAAUUAUGAGCCGCCUUUGAUAAUUUCAACUACGGCGACUGGUACUGGUGCAGCUACUGAUAUUGCUUUUGGUAUACUCUCUAAGUUUUAAGUAAGUGCGUGUGUACUUUACAUGGGUUGGGACUAGGUCUCAGGGGGGUGGUGCAGCUAUGUACAUAGUACUAUUAUCUAAACUUAUAUGCCAGCACUAGAGACAUUAGUAAAAUGGACAACAAAAAAUUUAGUAAAGAAUGUAAAAAUCAUAUGUAUUGCUAUUGAUAAAAAUAAUUAUUCGAAAAAAAAAGAAAAAGAGGUAUUGUCAGUUGUAGAAGCUGUGGCAAUAAUUUAAUAUUUCAAAGUCUACUUAAAUUUCAUUCAUUUGUUUGUUAUAUAUAUCGUUUCGAUUUGAGGGCUUUACAUGCGAUGUUUAUUGUCAUCAUAAAUUGGAAUAAUUUUCAUGAUAAUCACCUGUAUAUAUUUGUAAGGCCUAGCUAAUAAUGUAAAUAUUUAAAAUAACUGCCAGUACUUAAUCAGCGGCAGUAACCUUCGACAACGCAUUUUGGUAUGAUUAACAUAUGCAUAUGUUUUCAUAAUGUUCCUAUUCAAGCUUUGAGUUUUCAAAGUUUUCUAAACCAGGCAACAUUUAAAACUAACAAAUUUACAAAUGCUUCAAUCUCGAGUCGUACGAUUUUCUGUCUCUUCGAUUAAACAGGCAUUGUAUUAACUAUGUAUGUACAUAGUUGAGCACCAUUUCUUAUACUUUCUGUUGGGGUGCCGUUUCUAUCUACGCAAAAAUGCAUAAAAUGCUGAGCUAGUCUGUUUCCUCCAAAGUGUCGCACAUUUUGAGUAUUCCAUGAAGUAUUGAGCAUAUGUGCCCAGCCCCAUCCUUGCUGUUGCUCAAGAGUUUGGAACUCUAUUUGGUACUUCUACUUCAUCAUGUCCGGUUGUAUUUCCCUAGAAAGCUGCAAGUCACUUUUCAUUUAUAUUUGCUAAGCUACCCACUAAAGUGUAGCGCCCAAGACUUCAGUUGUCUGAAAGCAAUUCGCCCGGUUUUCCGCCAGGGUCGAUGGCCCAUGGUUGCAUAUGUACUCCUUUUCCCAGGAUGGCAUUUCGCACCUCCCCCAAGCCGUUUCCUCUGCGCCUGGCGCCGUUUAAUGUGUCACAUUUAAAAAUGCAUGCGACUGUCCACCUUAAUGGCCAGUCGACUAUUAAAUGUUAUGACCAUUCGCAGGCCAGGGCAUGGCAGGGCAUUUAACUGAUCAAAAUUGUAAAUAACAAUUGCAUAUAUGUUAUGUUUAAAUUAAAGCUGCUGUAUUAUCUAGGUGUGGUAGAAGUAUGUGUGUAAUUUUCCAAAGAGAAAACCAUUUGCAGUCAUAAAUAUUAAUAUUAAUAAUUAAAAAUUAUAAAUGCGCGCCAGUGAAAUUUGUCGCGACAGUUAAAUGAAUGUUUAAUGAGUAAAUGCAUGUUGCUAUAAACCGUGAACAGAAAAAGAGAACGAAAAACCAAAAAUAAUCAAAACAAUAAAUCCAGUUAAGAGUAUAGAGUACAUAUAAAGUUUGUAUGUGUAUGUACAAAAGUUAAAUUGAGUAUUAUAAUCAGACAUAAUAAUAACAAUAAAAACAAACACUACAAGCAUAUAUUAAUGUCACAUGAGAUUGUGUUGAUGAUAUUUUGUUACAAACAAAAUGUGAACACAUUAUUAUGGAUUAUAAAGUUGUUUUAAUGUUUAAGUGAGUAGCGCCAGCUGAGCGUUAACGAGCAUUAGGAUUAACUACGUUU